AUGUCUGUCUUUUUUUGCACACUUCUAAUUUUCUUUCAACUUUAUGCAAAGGCAGAAAAGCCUGUUUGCAUUAUGAUGGGAGACCCUAAGUAUCCGCUGCUAUCCAAGGAUGGGGACAUUUCUAUUGGAGCAGUUUUUCCAGUCCACAGCAUAGAGUCAUUACCCUUGUUUAAGUUUACGCAAAAACCUCAGCCUUUAUUAUGCUCAAGUGUGAGUAUAAGAGACUUUCGAAUGGCUCUUAUGACUUUUGCCAUUGAGGAGAUUAACAGAAAUGAAAGUUUGCUCCCAAAUGUUUCAGUUGGCUACCAAAUUUAUGACACCUGUGGUUCAGGGUUGUCUUCGAUGGGUGCAAACAUGGCAUUAAUGAAUGUUCAGGAAUUUUCAUCAGGUGGUAGCUGCAAUGGACAGUCUCCUGUACAUGCUAUCAUAGGUGAAACAGAGUCUUCCAAUACAGUGAUUCUGUCCAGAACUACAGGACCUUUUAAAAUUCCAGUGAUAAGUCCCUCAGCGUCAUGUGAGUGUCUCAGUAAUAGAAAAGAAUACCCCUAUUUUUUUAGAACUAUUGCUAGUGAUUACCAUCAGAGCAGAGCACUUGCAUACAUAAUCAAAUAUUUUGGCUGGUCUUGGGUGGGAGCUGUGAACAGUGACAAUGACUAUGGAAACCAUGGAAUGGCUAUAUUUCUAAAUACAGCAGAGAAAGAGGGGGUUUGCGUGGAGUACUCUGUGAAAUUCCAGAGAACAGAACCUGAGAAACUGAAAAAGGUUGUAGAUACAAUUAAAAAAGGCACUUCAAAAGUGGUUGUUGCAUUUCUUACUGAAUUUGAGAUGAACAAUCUACUUGAAUAUUUCAUUAUUCAGAAUGUAACAGGUCUACAAGUAAUUGGUGUGGAGGCAUGGAUAACAGCAAACAGUAUGAUCAAACCAAACAGUUUUCAUGUGCUGGGAGGAUCACUGGGGUUUGCAGUGAAAAAAUUCAAUAUUGAAGGUUUUGAAGAUUAUGUCACCAAAGCAUUCUGGAACACCGCUUUUCCAUGCUCACAGACUUCACAGAGAGAAAGUUCUCAAAAUAAAUUAAUUUGCAACAUAUAUCGAGAUCUUCUUGUACUGAAAAAUGACAAUAAAGAUGUGCCUGAACAGAGAUAUGCUAGCAAUGUCUACAAAGCAGUUUAUGCUGUCGCUCACUCACUACACAACAUAUUAAAGUGUAAGGAAAAUGAAUCUUGUGAAACAGACAUGAAAAUACAACCUCAGCAGGUGGUUGAGGCUCUGCGAAAGGUAAAUUUCACCAUAAAGAUGGGGGACCGUGUGUGGUUUGACAGCACUGGUGCAGCUGUAGCUCAAUAUGACGUUAUAAACUGGCAGCAGGACUAUAAUGGAUCAAUACAAUUCAAACCAGUGGGAUACUAUGAUGCUUCACUUCCCCCUAACCAGCGCUUUAUGAUCAACACUGAAAACAUAAUCUGGGCUGGAGGACAGCUAAAGAAGCCGAGGUCUGUGUGCAGUGAAAACUGUCCUCCAGGCACUAGGAAGGCUGUUCAGAAAGGAAGACCGGUCUGCUGUUAUGACUGUAUUCCAUGUGCAGAAGGAGAAAUCAGUAAUGAAACAGAUUCAAAUAACUGCAAGCAAUGUCCAGUGGAAUACUGGUCUAAUGCUGAGAAAAAUAAAUGUGUGUUAAAGACUGUAGAGUUCCUGUCAUUCAAAGAACUAAUGGGUAUAGUUCUAGUCUUUUUCUCACUGUUGGGCGCAGGAUUAACCACACUAGUUGCCAUUCUGUUUUAUAGCAAGAAGGACACUCCCGUAGUAAAAGCCAACAACUCAGAGCUGAGCUUCCUGCUACUCUUCUCAUUGAUGCUUUGUUUUCUCUGUUCUCUUACUUUCAUUGGUCGCCCCACUGAGUGGUCCUGUAUGUUGCGUCACACUGCAUUUGGGAUCACUUUUGUCCUCUGUAUCUCCUGUGUUCUGGGGAAAACAAUAGUGGUGUUAAUGGCCUUCAAGGCUACUCUACCAGGAAGUAAUGUCAUGAAGUGGUUUGGUCCUGUACAACAACGACUCAGUGUUCUUGUGUUUACAAUUGUACAAGUUCUCAUCUGUGUGCUUUGGCUAGCAGUAUCUCCUCCAUUGCCCUACAAAAAUAUGAAAUAUUUCAAAGAAAAAAUAAUUCUUGAGUGUAGUCUGGGUUCUACUAUAGGUUUUUCUGCUGCACUAGGUUAUAUAGGUCUUCUGGCUGUCUUGUGUUUCAUUCUGGCUUUUCUGGCUCGCACACUGCCUGAUAAAUUCAAUGAAGCGAAAUUCAUCACAUUCAGUAUGCUCAUAUUCUGUGCUGUAUGGAUCACAUUUAUCCCUUCUUAUUUAAGUUCUCCUGGAAAAUUGACUGUAGCAGUAGAGAUAUUUGCCAUUUUAGCUUCAAGUUUUGGUUUACUGUUUUGCAUAUUUUUACCAAAAUGUUAUAUAAUCAUGUGCAAGCCUGAACAGAAUACAAAGCAGCAUAUUAUUGGUAAAUUUAACAAAUAA